UUUGCUAUGUUGUUAAACUUUACCGGUGUUUAUAGUAAUUUUUUAGUAGUUGCUAGUUAGUUAUGUGUGUGUAAAUAAUACUACAAUACCAACCAUUCAUUGACAAUUGCUUAGUGAAUUGUUUGAAGUGGUGUGUAAGUUUCGAUGUGCAUACGGAGUGCAAACUAUGACCGCCCCAACCGCAGGACGAGGCUGCAAUUACAUUCCCUUACUGAACGGCUGUCGGAUACUCGACAUAUGAAUAAGUAACAAGAGGGGGCACCAUGGAAGAGGAACAAGAACAAUCCAAGCCCGGGUCCCCGCCUUCCUGCGGGGGUGGUGACGAGGAGCUGGAAUUGGAGGAAGCGUCCGCGGAGGAGGAGGAAGAGGAGACGCUGUCCCCGCCGGGCAGCCAGACGCCCUCCCAGCCUGCCACCAGCCCAGGAGCGUCUCCGGCUUCCUCGGGCUCCGUCCCCGCGACACCGGUGCAGGAGUCUCGGCUGAUGUUCUUCACCGGGAAGCCGCUGAACAUCAGGCGCGGCAGGGGCCGGCCGCCCUACAAGGAGAGGACGACGCAGAGGCAGGGCCGGCGCAACUCCCUGGGCAUCAAACUCAAGAGGUGGAAGAGUCUGACGAAAGAAUCUCCCAGCAGAGAAGGCGACCCCGAGCAGCCGAGCCCGGCAGGAGACGGAGACGGGGCCGGAGCCGAGACGGAGAAGGCACUACUGCCCGAGGAGCCACCCUACUUCCCUGAGCAGUGGCCGGGCAAGGUGUGCGCGCUGUGCAACCUGGGCGAGCGCAGCCAGCUGGGACAGGGGGACCUGCUGCAGCUGACGUACUCCCCCGAGGAGCUGGCCGCGCUGUUGAAGGAGCGGAGCGAUGCCGGCGCCGAGGGCGGCCUGUCGCUGGCGGGCGACGCCGACUCCGUCAUCGGCAGCAGCCCUAGCCGCGGGAACGGCCACGCUCCGGCAUUUGGAGGCCUCGCGGUGACUGUGCGGCGCCAGAAGAGCAUGGCCAAGUGCAAAAAUCCUUGCCCCACCAAUUCUGUCGAACCAGUGGACGAACUCAGUGUAGUCGGGUACCUUGACGAACCGGAUGUGGCGUCCAUCUUUGAAGCCUCGGGCCAUUUUUACGUCCACCAAGCGUGCGCACUGUGGUCGCAAGGUGUGACACGCUCCGAGGACCUGGUGUUCCGCAACGUGGCGUCGGCCGUGGUGCAGGCGGCCAACCGCCGCUGUUCGCACUGCGGCCACUUCGGGGCGAGUGUCGUGUGCAGGGUCGCCAACUGCGGGCGGGCACUCCACUUCCCUUGCAGUGCCGCAUCCGGUGCGUUCCAGGAGUGCAAGUCCGUCACAGUGGUCUGCAGCCUCCACUUGGAUCAGGUCCCCUUACUCUUGUCCGGAGAGGGGGCGUGCGUGAGCUGCUUCGGGCUGGGCGACGUCGCGAACCUGGUGAUGUGCACGGCGUGCGGACAGCACUGGCACGGCUUGUGCCUGUCGAUGGCGCUGCUGCCCGGAGUGCGCGCCGGCUGGCAGUGCCUGGGGUGCCGUGUCUGUCAGGUGUGCCGGCAGCCGGGCGAGGAGGAGUCCAAGAUGAUCGUCUGCGAGUCCUGCGACAAGGGCUACCACCAGACCUGUCUGCGGCCCGUCGUUACUACCGUCCCCAAGUACGGUUGGAAGUGCAAGUGCUGCCGCGUGUGCUCGGACUGCGGGUCACGCACGCCGGGUGCCGGCCACUCGUCGCGCUGGCACGCCCACUACACGGUGUGCGACUCCUGCUACCAGCAGCGCAACAAAGGCUUCUGUUGCCCACUGUGCCGACGCGCAUACCGCGCGGCAGCCUACCGUGGGAUGGUGCCGUGCAGUCUCUGCAGAAAGUUUGUACACGGAACGUGUGACGCCGAGGCUGACCUCGUAACGUACCAGCAGAGGAAAGAGAGCCAGCCGGACUACGAGUACGUCUGCCCCAUCUGCAAGAGCCUUACUCAGCCUGGUCGCACCCUGCUGCCCAAAGCUCGCAAAGACAGUGUGGACGAUGCAGGCCCAGACUCGAGCCUGUCGGCGUCCCGAGAGUCACUGUACCUGGAGGAGGAGAUGGAUGUGGAGACCUCUCCUUCAGAGAGGGUGUGUAGCCCUGCUUCUGCUUCCGCUUCCGAUGAGUACACAUUCUCGGACCGAGCGGAGCUACGCGGGGCGGUCGGCCUCGGCAAGGGGAAGCCUUUCUGUGCCAGCAAGAUCGCCAAGAAGAAGCUGGGCCUGUCGGGCAGCGUGCGCGGCAAGGGCGGCCACGGCUACCACAAGCGGCAGCGCCUCACCGACUUUGGGCGCAAACGCGGGCCCAAGGCGAAGAUGAGGGGCGUGUUCGGGGCACCGGGAGUCGGCCUCCAGAGGCCCCAGGUGGACACGUCCCAGCAGAGCGGUGGGCGGCAGCCGGCAGACGAGGAGCACGGCAUAGAGAACAGGCUGGUGUUGUGUUCGGCCAAGGACAAGUUCGUACUGACGCAGGACCUGUGCGUCAUGUGCGGCGCCAUCGGCAUUGACCAGGAGGGCUGCCUCAUCGCCUGCUCGCAGUGUGGCCAGUGCUAUCACCCCUAUUGUGUCAACGUCAAGGUGACGAAGGUGAUCCUGCAGAAAGGCUGGCGUUGCCUGGACUGCACGGUGUGCGAGGGCUGCGGCCUGCGUGACGACGAGGCGCGCCUCAUCCUGUGCGACGACUGUGACAUCUCGUACCAUAUCUACUGCAUGCAGCCGCGCCUCGAGUACGUGCCCCAUGGCAACUGGAAGUGCAAGUGGUGUGCCGUGUGCACCGUGUGUGGCAGCAACGACCCCGGAUUCAACUGCACCUGGCAAAAGAGCUUCACGGAGUGCGGUCCCUGCGCCUCGAUGAAUACUUGCCCGGCGUGCAGCGACGCCUAUUGCGAAGGAGACCUCAUUAUACAGUGUGUGCAGUGUGAGAGGUGGCUGCACUGUGCCUGCGACCAGAUCAAGACAGAGUCGGAAGCGGAGCGGUGUUCGGAGGAGGGCUACACGUGCCUGAUGUGCCGGCCGCGCGACGAGCCGCCCCCGCACCUACUGCCCUCGUCCAACCUCGCCCCCAGGCCUCCGCCACCAGUCUGCAAGAGUCCGGAACUACCACCGAAGGUCGGAUCGCAGGCACAGUUCUAUGUGGACGGUGUCUGCCUUUCGGAAGUGGGGUUGCACCAGAUCAAGUCACUGACCAUGGAGCAGCAGAUCGUCCCACGGAAGAAGAGGUAUUCACGAAAGCUGUCGACGAAGGCCGACAAGGAGGCCGGCAUAAUGGCUACGAUAGAGUCCGUCGUCGCGGGAGGCAGUCGAGACGAGCAGCCGAUUGUGAAAGUGGAGCCGGCCAUCGAGUAUAGGGAGGGCAUGGUGUGGCACGCCGGGGAGGACGGCGGCCCUGCCGAGCCGCCGGAGGGCUUCACGGUCUACACGACGGACAGCGGUGUCAUGAUUUUGCGCAGGAAGAGGCAGCGCAACCUGCAGAAGCUCGGUAUCGGAGGCUUCGUCGUCCGCCUCCGCGGCACCCGGUACAAGGAUGAAGAGGGCGGGGUCGGGGCAGACGGUGUGGGGAGUGCCGCCUGCUCUACCGGUGAGACGAUCGGGGGAGGAGCCGCCGUCCACGGCCACGGCACCGAGGACGGCACGAAGCCCCGCCGCAAACCGAAUCGGAGGAGGCCCCGCAACCGCCUCAUGGAGUGCUACCCUUCGUACCUGCAGGAGGCAUUUUUUGGACGGGAGCUCUUGGACACAACAAAGGAGAAAGAAAUCGGUAGCAGUGACUCUGAAGGAGAGUCAGCGACACCUAAUGUUGGCGAGGACAAGAUUAUACAGCUAUCGCAGGAUGAAAUAAAAGCUAUAGAGGAACUGAAACCAAAAGAAGAAAGUGAAACAGAGAAGCAAGACAAGAAGGGGGACAAUGAAGGAGAUAAUUCGGGCAGCAAGUCGCCAGACAAGGAGCAGGUGGCCGGUGACGAUGCCGACGGGAGCGACUCCGAGGUGCUGAACAUGCUGCCGUUACCGGGUGACCUACUGGACACCGACCUCGUCGACACGAUCAUGAACGAGGACGAUGACGACAUUGCAAAAACUGGGGAAAACCUCGACGAAAUUGGCGAAGACUCGGAGUUGAAUGACUCACUUCCUAUAACAGACGGUGGGGCAGACGUUUCGGGGACCAGUCAGAAGGACGAGCUCACGGACAUCUUGAGUCCGCACUUUAACCUCGAGUCUAUGGUGCGAGACACUGGUCUCCCCAACAUGGACAGCCGUGACGUGGAGGAAAUCAUCAAAGGAGUGCUGACAGACGAAGAGUCCCAGGAGUCGGUGUUUCCCACGGGAGCUGCCACCGCCCAGCAGUCUUCAGGAGUGCAGCCCAACGCAGCUCUGCAGAGGACGCAGGUGGGGGGACCGCUGCCACCUGUCGUACCUUCGAGCCUGUCGUCGCCAUCGCCCUACCAUUCCGAGUACAGCAAUAGUCCGCAGUUCAGCCCUGCAUUCUCGGAGCCGGCCAGCCCGUGGAUGUCUCCUGCUGAAGUCGGUGACGGUGAUGGCGUUUCCUCGUACAAUGCUCGCACGGCAUUAAAAAUGGAGGCAGAUGAGCCGCUGGGGGACCAGGCUACAAUAUCUGCCGUACUGUACGCAAACCUCCACCAUCCGGAGCUGAAGAAGGAGUUCCCAGCUUGGAACGAUCGAGCGAAACAGAUCCUGAAGAAGUGGAGGUCAUUACCGUCGGAGCGUAAGGCGCCAUACCUGCAAAUGGCCCGGGAGAACCGAACUGCACAGCGGAUGAAGAAGACGCAGCAGGACCAGGAGCGGCUACUGCAGCAGCAGAAGACGUCACGUGAGGCGGAACAGGAGCGGCAGUGGAAGCAGCUGCAGGCGCUGCGCCAGCAGCAGGCGCACCAGCACCAGCAAGUGAUCCAGGAGCAGCGCGUGCAGGCAAUGGCGAGAGUGCACCGACAGAUGAGUGUUGACGGCAUCCCAUUCCCUGCAGAGUCGCAGCAAGUCGCUGCCGGACUAUCGCCUCAGGACGGUUGUUUGACGUCACCGGUGGGCAUCCGUCCACCCCCGUUCCCGCCACCUGCGGGGAUUCCUUCAGGUGCCCAGAAGGGGCAGCGACUGCCGAGUCCAGGUGCGGGUGCGGUUCCGGGCGGCACGAUUUUCCCGCACCCCGCAGCAGCCGCCGUCACGGGGGUGGGCGUCCCACGGCCGCCGGCACCACCCCCGCAGUCUCAGCGCACCUUCCAGCCGACCCUGGUGGGGAUCCCCCCUCUACCCGAGCAGCCGCAGCAGGUGGCCGUGUUCCGGUCGGCCGCUUCCGACGUCGUGGACCCGUACGCCCAGCCGCCGCACACCCCGAGGCCCCCAGCUCAGCAGCAAUUCCCACCGAUGAUGGCUGCAGUGCAGAGGUACACCCCGACACCGUACCCUCAAGGAGCCCCGCCACCGCCUCCGCCCAGUAUGCGCGCCGUCCAGUUUGCCGCCGCUGCCGGAGGACCGGCCCCCCCGCGACACGGGUUUACCCCGCGUGGUCCGGACGCGGGCGGGUACGUGACGGCUGCCGGCCUGGGCUUUGUCCGCCCCGGCCCGCCCGUCGUACAGACCCACGUGGGCGCGCCGCCUCAGUCCGCCGGCGUAGGUGUGGGCGGUGUGGCGGCCGCAGAUCCGUAUGCCGUGCCGGCUCUGACGCCUAGACCUGCACAGGAACAGCUGCGGGACCUCCUGCAGACCAAGAAGGCGGCAGACGAGCAGCCGGGGCCCAGGCUGUGGGCGGCAGAUCAGUUGGCGCCGCAGCAGCACGGUGGCGCGGAGGUGGCGGCAGACCCCGGCGCGGAGUUCCGGCAGCCGCUGCCACCUGCGCCGUCGCGCCCUCCACGCCUCGCUGCCCCCGCUGUCAUCAGGGCUGCCCAGCUGCCACUGCAGGCACAGGCUGCACUCAGAGCGCCCCUCCAGGGCCUGGACCCGAGAAUCCGACACGUUCUGCAGCAGCGGUACCCGGGAGCGCUGCUGCGUGCGCAGCGCAACCCUCUGGAUCCGUACGACCAUCUGGUGCAGCAUACCCAGCCGCAGGCGCCCCCACAGCCACACCACCAGGAACCGCCCCCACAGCCGUCGCCGUUCACUACUGCCGGUGCCAUUGUGUCAUCGGAUGCUCAAGAAAUACCUGAAAGUGUGACCGAAGAGCUAGAGAAGUUGGAAGAAGAAGGCGUCGGAGCGAUACUUGGAGAACUGGGCGACGAUGACGAACUGCUUGAGAUGGGCAACGAUUUCAACAUCUUGGAGUAUGCGGAUCCAGAACUGAGCAGUGUAGUGGGAGGAGAAAAGACGAACAUACUGGACGACAACCUGGACCUGGAGGAAGUAGCGGCAGGAAGGACAAACGACGAUCACAAAGGGGUCAAGAAGGAGCCGCCGGCGACUGCCGUGAGCGCGACACCCGCCGUCCGGCCACCUGCCCCGACACCGUCCACCCCGACGAGUCACUCGUCAACGCCAAAGUUAGCCGAGACUCCACCCCCGAGACAGCAGGUAAAAGAAGAGAGCUCUGAUCAACCGGUGGCUCCAAGCACAAGUUCCUCUACUCCAGAACAACAGGUAUUGGCGAGGCAGGCCUUCCCGGGCACCAGCCCCACCCACUACGCCGGCGGUGCACCCGGCGGGACGUCUCCGUCGGCAGCGGCGACGGGACUGCACCUGCAGCGACUCCCUAUACAUGUGCAAGCUGUGAUCCACCACCAGCAACAGCAGCAGCGCCUGCAGCUGCGGCCCGCCGGCCCGCAGCGCGUCGUGUCGGUGGCUCCGGCGACCGGCCAGCGCCUGGGCCUCGCCCCGCCACCUCCGCCCUACCCGGGGCCGCCGCCCCCGUACCCGGGUCAGCAGGUGCAGGUGAGCCUGCGCAACCUGAUGCCUCCGAGGGCGCAGACGCCGGCACCCCAACCUCAGCCGCAAGGUGCAGCCGUCGUCCAGCCGCGCAGGCCACUGCUGCUACAGGAGCAGCCCCUGCUGCUGGAGGAACUCCUCGAGCAGGAGAAACGUGAGCAGCAGCAGCAGCAGCAACAACAGCAACAGCAACAACAGCAGGAGGGGCCCGAGGCCGACUUCUCCACGGGGGCCGCCGGCGUCACACCGCAGUCUCCCCAGCAAGGACAAGGUGCACUCCCGAGCCCGGGAGGCCUGCGUCAGCAGUUCCUGGCCGGCGGCGUGCGGCCGGCAGUCCCCACCUCUCAGCAGUCACUGGGUACCGGGGCCACCACGGCGCGGCCUCCUCCGCCACCCCAGGGUCCGCCAUCCGGAGAAGCUGCCGGAGGCAGCAGAGUCCCCCCGUUCAGCGCACCGAGCCUGCCGCCUCCGCCUGCGCCACCGCCAGACGACGUUGUGACGGAGGCGGACAGGCAGCAGCAGGCAGCGUACGAACAGUGGCUCUCGCACCAGAUGCAGCUCGUGUCCGCCCAGCUCAAGUAUUACGAGUGUGAGUCCCUGAACAGCAAGCAGCGCUCACUGCGCAAGGCGGGGUCGGAGCUGGGGGAGGCGGAAGCCGGACAGCUGGCGCAGGUGACGGCGGAGACGGCGGCUCUGCAGAAGCACCUGGAGGCGGCACGCCGGCAGAGCCGCCAGCACAGCAUGCUCGUGCAGGAGUACCGCAACAAGCAGCAGCAGAAGCAGCGUUCGCAGCUACCGGCUGGCGGAGGCGCGGAGCCCCCGUCUCCGACGUACGUGGCGCGCUCGCCGACGGUGCCUUCGCCUGCCGGAGGGGGGGCGUCGCCGCUCCCCAGCCCCGGGGGGUCCGCGGCACUGCAGCAGCAGCAGCUGAUGGCACCGAGCCCGAGCUCUGCCGCCAACCGCGGCCAGUCGCCUUCUCCCCGCACGGGCACACCUCAGUCGCAGCAUGGCGAGGAGAGCGCUUUCAGCCCGGGAGCGCAGAUGCCGUCACCGGGACGCCUGACUUCGCCGUCACCCCAGCAGAGGAUGUCUUCGCCACAGCACCGGACGACACCUGGCCCAUUUCCCUCUGACCAGAUGAGGAUCCAGCACGCGGUCCCCCGCUUUGCGCGCUCCCCCCUCGGGCUGGGGACGCCGCAGCCGCAGCCGGCCGCCGCCUCCUCCCCCGCGGAGUUGCACCGCCCGCGCAGCUUGCCGGCCGGCUACGGGUCGGGCGCCAGUGAGCGGGCGUCGCCCGUGGGCGGGCGGCCCUCGGGGGGCGCGGGCUCGUCGCCAGCGACUCCUGCGCAGCAGCGCCACCAGUUGCUGCAGCAACAGCAACAGCAGAUGCUGCAACGCCAGCAGCAGCUCCUCCUGCUGCAACAGGGAGGUGGCAGCCCGGCCCCGCCACCGCAGAGCCCGACGACUCCGUCCCCCCGGCAGCAGCUGACCCCCCAGCCCAGGGUCUCCGGCAGUCCGCAGGGUGCGGAGCACCCGCCCACGCCUCAGCAGCAGCAGGACCGGCAGCACGAUGGCGACGGUGGAGGUGGAGGUGGAGGUGGAGGUGGGGGUGGAGGGGGUGGCAACCCGCACAACCCUCAGAACCCAAUCCCCAUUCUGAGGUUGUUUGGCCGCUACGGCACUUUCAAGCUCGGCCUACGCGGAGGAUCGCCGAUGUGGGGGUACGGACAGCCACCGUCUACCGGCGCCGCCGGUGGGCGCGACAGUGGGAGCGGGGGCGGCGGCAACGGAGGAGGCAGUUCGGCCCCCCCUACACGCCAGCAACCGGACACAUCACUCGUCUGCGCCGACUACAACGAUUUUGACGACGAGAGCUCGCACACCCCUCCGUCUGCACCUGGCGAGAAGGACGCCACCCGGGCGCACGCCUCGGUCACGGCAGAGGAGAGGGGCACUCGACAGUCACACCCACCCGACGCCGAUGCUGUCACACCGCUAGCCGGCGAGACUCACGGCGGGCCUGUUUGGGAGCAGGAAGUCGCGUGCGAUGCCGGUGCCGGGACGCCGCCGCCGCAACCGCAGACGCAGACGCAGCCGCCUCCCCGGGGGUCCGCGAUCCCGUCGGUACUCGGUUCGAACGGUGACCUCCCGAGGGACAGGUCGGAGCUGGAACCUCCGGGAAGAAUUGCCAUUAUAGGACCUCGCUCGGGUCCAGAGAAGAUAGUGGCGACGACCGACACCCCCGAAUCGCCGGAUCAGGUUGAAAUGAAUGUAGACCCAUCACCAGAACCAUUCCUGCCCACUCCAGAGACUGUGGGUAGCAAAGAGGAAGAAGAAAUUGCAAUCCACCAAGAAGAAGUUGUCAUUCAAGUGGACAAGUCUUCAGGAAAGCAGGAUUCUGCACGAGCAGGAGCUGACGAGUGCCACGCGGAAGGGAAGCUGCCGUCGGCACCGGAAAUGUCGCCCUUUGCGACGCCGACUCCGCCUCCUCUCCCGCCUCCCGGCACGCCCUCCCACACGCCGCCCGCCACCCCGCAGAGCCCGAGGGUGGCUGCACAGUCGCCUUACCAGCACCAGCAGCCCGUCACGGCAUCGGUCAUAGCUCGCCGUCCGACGCCCUCUCCUCCUCAGCACCAGCAGAGUCACCACCAUUACCAGCAGCAGCUACAACAGCACCAGCAACAACAACAGGAAGAAGAAUCGCUCCAGAAGCAGAUGCAGAAGACGUCUCCGUCCUCUUCGGUGCACGAGACGGCGCACUUGUCGUCUAGGCUACCCCCGUACGGGUUAACUCCGACAUCGCGGGCCACCGGUGUAAGCGUCAUAGCCAGCACACCUCGGAUGUCAGCAUCUGAGCAGACAGGUGUUCCGAAUGCCGACGAGAGGAACAGGGCGGAGCCGAGACCGAGUGUCCUCGAAGGCCCGGCGGCGAGGCAGCUGGCGGACGUAGAGAACUCGUUCAAGGUCAUACAUUCCAUAGUUACAGAAGCAAAAUCACAGAGUUCGACCCAACAGCAUUCUGAAACGAGACCGACCGUAUUCGCCGUAGCCGAGAAAUCGCGUGCUCACCUUCAGGACGAGAAUCUGUCGGCACCGAUCCCGCGGUCUGAAGAAAACAUUUCAGUUCCCGUCUCUCUGGGACCGGUUUCGCACAGAAGUCAGCCCGUCGACGACCGUUUCCGGUCGGCAGUUCCCACGAGUAGCCACGCGGUCGGCGUCGUUCCUCUCGACAGACGACUCGCACCCGGGCCGCCCUACGAGACCACACGGGUGGAUACGCUCGUGACGGGACCGGCAAACGUCGAACGGCGAGACUCGGAGCAGGCGAUUAGAGCGUCAGUCCUGGGAGACCGACUGCGCGCCGCCGCUGCCGCCGCAGCUGCAGAGCGGUCGCGCUCCCUCGACUCCGAGCCUGGUGUCGUCCGUUCCGUGCUGGAGAGCCGUCUCAUUGGGCAGCAGCAGGUCCCGACUUCAAGCCCUCAGAUGCACCACCACGUCGUCCCACCGCCCACGUACAGACCACUGCAACAACAACAACAACAACAACAACAACAACAACAACAGCAGCAGCAGCAGCAGCAGCAACAACAACAACAACAACAACAACAACAACAGCUGCUGCUGCAGCGGGCCGGUGCUGCCCCUGUGACUUCGCGCAGCGUGUCGACGCCAUCGCCUCUGCAGCAGAUGCCGGCCGUGUCGUCGCCGGUCCAUCAACAGCCACGCUCUGCCGAGCAGUCUCCCGGCUCUGCAGUGCACCAAUACGUCUCCGUCAACACGUAUGGAGGUGUCGUCAGCAGAUCACCACCGGUCGCAAGGACGCCGACGACACCGUCACCUCGAUACCACCUGCAAGACUCGUCGCCACCCCCACUGUCGUACCAACAGUCGGCGACCACUUUCGUGCACAGCUAUGCAAAACCUUCGAUCAAGCAAGAGGAUUCGCCAAAACAGUACCCGCCCGCAGUGACGGUGAAGACGGAGCCGGCGGAUGUGGACCGGCUGGUGUCGCAGGUGCCGCACCUUCCCCACCAACACCCCCACCACCAGCCGCCCCCGCAGCCGCAGCAGCAGCUCCUCUACCAGCCGAAGGCGGAGCCUCACUCUGGACAACCGCCACCCAGCUGCAAGUACCACCCGGGGUUGCAAAUGCAGCAUCGCAUUCUGCAGCAACAACAGCUGCAACAACAACAGCUGCAGCACCUGCAGCAGCAGCAGCAGCAACAACAACAACAACAACAACAACAGCUGUUACUUCAACAACAACUGCAACAACAACAACAACAGCAGCAGCAGCAACUGCAGCAGCAACAGCAGCAGCAGCAGCAGUUGCAACUUGAACAACCUCAGCAACAACUUUACCACCAGCAGCAACAGCAUCUAGCUCAGCAGCAGCAGCAGCAGCAGCUGAGCCUGCAGCUGACACCGGGCGAGCAGCGAGUGCGCGGCCCCGGGUCUGGUGCCGAGCUGCUGUCGCCGCCCACGCCGCGAUCGUUCACCUCACCGUCCGCAUCGCCGCUCACCUCUCCGCAGGUGGCAGGCAAGGGUGGGCCCCAGCAGAUCAGCCCCAUGCCAGCGAGUGAGAUUAAACGGGAGCAGCCGGACGUGCUGAGCCCCACCGGCAAGCUGGAGCCGAAGGAUGAGGCGAUGGACCUUCUGGGCCAGGACCAGGCGUCUCUGGAGUUGAAGAAGUUAAAAAGGCGCCAAUACCAGCAGAAGCGCCGUCAGAGCCAGGGCAAGGAAGCUUCGACAACCCCGAAGAAGAGGCCGCGCAAGGCGGAAGAAGACUACGACACGUUCGUGGAGAACGUGAUGACGCAGUUGCGGCAGUUGCCACCUCUGUCGAUUCUCGAGCCGACUCUGGCCAGGAACCACUCGGCGUGCCCCGUGUUCGGUGCAGGCGACGCUACGAAGGUGGGACCCCUGACCGGAGAACUGCGCGGCAGAUACGGGAGCGCAUCGUUACCCAAUGUUUCGGACCAUUACAACACGAGGCCAUUCGGUCCUCUGCCGCCACUGCCUCCUCUCCCACCUCCGUCGACACAGCGAGGGUUUUACGACCAGGAGUUUGCUUCUGUUCGUUUUGAUAAUGACAGUGACGAUAAAAAAGAUCAUCGAGAGAGAGAUAACGACACGCCGGACACCAUUAUAAGUUCGUCUUCUCCUGAGUGUGUUUUCAGAGAACUGCCACUUCGUUUUCCAGGUUUACAAUUAAUUAAAGAUGAAGACGAAGACGAAAGCGAGGAAGACAGCAAGGCGUGGGCAGCACGCCGCACCUCUCCUGUCAUUCCACUCGUCACUCCGAUACCCAUCCGGCUGCGCCCACCACCACACUACGCCAAGGAUGCUGCCGAUGUGGACAAGGAGAAUGCCGGAGGGCCUCAACUGCUGGUGCGUCAGCGGUUCGGCCCAUCCCCACCGGCUCCGUUGCGCGACUCUGGCAACGUGACGGUGACACUGACGCUAACGGCCGCUGCCGCCGAGGACAUUGCGGGCGUCCUGCACCGGCUGGCCGGCAUCCUGCGAGUGCCGGCGCCCGCGGCAUUUGACGUAAUCGAGAGGACGAGUACGCCGCCCUCCCAGAAGUUGGGGCUGUACCGGACUCGCGGGAAGGACGGCAAGGAAGGAGCUCCCGUAGAUAUCCAGAGCAUCCUGAACGGCGCCGCAAAAUUUUGCCGUCACUGCGACGUCGUGAUCCUGACGAACCUGAUACGCAAGAAGGUGAGCGAGAUUCCGGGUCUGUCGGCGCGGGAGGAGCUGGUGGCGGACACGGGGCCCGACGGGGACGUCUACUUCUGCAGCGCCGCCUGCUACAUGCAGUUCGCCCUCAUGCACCGCUCCCCGACUCUCAACCAGCAGGAGAAGGCUGCAGCUGUCGUGGACCACGUGAGUCAGGAAAUGAAGCGAGAGGUGAAAAUAAAGGAGGAAGUGGUGGAGCCGGCACAGGCAGAGUCCGCCGACGGAGAGCACGAAGCGGACAAGCUCGUAAUAAAGAUCAAGGAAGAACUGCCGGAUCCAGACGAAACGUCUCAGACCUCCAACGAGCCCGUCACGCCGACCGGCAAGGCAAAAGUGGAAGAGCCCACGAGUGCGGAGCCCUCGGCAGAGGAAUUUCAGCGUCCCGAGAAGCGCAGCCACCGGGCGGCAGCUGGCGAAGAGCCCGCCCGCAAGGUGUGGAAGGGCGUCCGCUACCGCUACUGGAGCCCGGGCUCCAUACAGCCGGCAACCAAGUACAAGAAGCCAACCGAGCGGGAGAUUACAGAGAUGCUGUUUCGCAUGGGGAUCACAAUGGCACCAUCAAAAAUGCCCGAGGACACUCGCAAAUGCCUGUUCUGUCAUCAGAUAGGAGACGGAGUGGCCGACGGGCCCGCCAGGCUUCUCAACUUCGACGUGGAUCGCUGGGUGCACCUGAACUGCGCACUGUGGUCGGACGACGUGUACGAGACGGUGAACGGUGCACUGAUGAACCUGGAGAGUGCGCUGCAGCAGGGGAUGCAGGCGACGUGCGCACUUUGCACCCAGGCGGGUGCCACGGUGCGCUGCUUCAAGCUCCGCUGCUCCUCCGUCUACCACCUGGGCUGCGCCGUCAAGGACGGCUGCGUCUUCUACAAGAACAAGUCGAUGUACUGUGCCACACACAUACCGAAGAACGAGAAGGACAACGAGCUGACGACACUGGCCGUGUUCCGGCGCGUGUACGUGAACCGUGACGAGAACCGGCAGGUGGCGGCAGUUAUGCACCAGUCGGCGGACCAGAGCAACCUGCUGCGUGUGGGCGGCCUCAUCUUCCUGAGUGUGGGGCAGCUGCUGCCACACCAGCUGCACGCCUUCCACUCGCCCUCCUGCAUCUACCCCAUUGGCUACAAGAUUGUGCGCUUCUACUGGAGCAUGCGGGUGCCGAACAAGCGGUGCCGCUACGUGUGCAGUAUCCACGACGUGGCGGGCCGGCCCGAGUUCCGCGUGCUGGUGCAGGAGCCGGCGCAGGACGACCUGGAGCUGCGCGACACGUCGCCGCGCGCCGUCUGGGCGCGCAUCCUGGAGCCGCUGGCGGCGCUGCGGCGCCAGCAGGGCGGCGUGCAGCUCUUCCCCAAGUACCUGUCCGGCGAGGACCUGUUCGGCCUCACCGAGCCGGCCGUGGUACGCGUGCUCGAGAGCCUGCCCGGUGUGGAGACACUGACGGACUACCGCUUCAAGUACGGGCGCAACCCGCUGCUGGAAUUGCCGCUGGCCGUCAACCCGUCGGGCUGCGCACGAACCGAGCCCAGGGCGCGUGGCCAGCUGCCGUGGAAGCGGCCGCACACGCAGCGGACGUCGACGCUCAACCGCAAUGCGCCCUUCGUCCCCGCCCUCACGUACGGUGGCAUCCAGGGGGAGGCGGCGUGCCCCUACUCGAAGCAAUUUGUCCACUCCAAGAGUUCCCAGUACAAGAAGAUGAAGCAGGAGUGGAGGAACAAUGUGUACCUGGCCAGGUCCAAAAUACAAGGGUUAGGUCUUUACGCAGCACGAGACCUGGAGAGACACACGAUGGUCAUAGAGUAUAUCGGGGAAGUAAUCCGCACCGAAUUGUCUGAAGUUCGUGAAAAACUGUACGAAGCGAAGAAUCGAGGUAUAUACAUGUUCCGCCUGGACGAAGACCGUGUGGUGGACGCUACCCUGUCGGGUGGCCUCGCUCGGUACAUUAACCACUCAUGUAACCCCAACUGCGUGGCGGAGACUGUAGAGGUGGAGAGGGACCUCCGCAUCAUCAUUUUUGCCAAGCGACGCAUAUCACGUGGUGAAGAGCUGGCGUACGACUACAAGUUCGACAUCGAAGACGACCAGCACAAGAUACCGUGCAAUUGCGGGGCUCCCAACUGCCGUAAGUGGAUGAACUGAGCCGGCCGCCACUUCCGGAAGGAGCGACCGCCGAGUACCCGAUCGCCUCUCCGAGUGGGACACCGGUCGCGUCGUAGUGCGUACCCGGGUGUCGUGGGGUCGCUUACAAAAUGUACCCUAGUUCGAGAGGUUACCUGCGGUGUGGUGCCGUAAGGACUUAAUCUGAUGCCUUAACAAUUUUGUUGCCUUAUAUUACACACUGGGAGAACUGACAGCUCGAAGUUACAUCCUCCCUCUCAAAGUACACGCUAAGGUCCGUUAUUUCUUCGGUUAAAUGUGCGGUCCAGGAGAGAACACCUCGAUGCACGUGUGAGAGGAGGAAUGUAAAACUGACAAUACUUUUAAGAGUGCCUGCGUCAGCCAGAUUCCCGAGUAAAAUCGGGAUCACGUACUCGUAGUAGGUCGGUACACGGGUAACUGAUUAACUCACUUCACCGACCCGCCUUAUACAACAAUAAUUGUAUGAAAUUUAUUUUGAGAAAUUUAGGUAACUGCCGUUCAGAAGUGACCUUUGACAAACAAUAUUUGUGUCAUUAGAUUGUGGUGACGGACAUCUUGUGAAUGCAAUCUGAAUGACACCGUGUUUUCAGCUGGGGAGUUGUGGUGGAAAGCUACUUUGGGGCCGGACUGUAGCACAGUCAUUUUCUUGUAUUGGAGAGACCUCACUUUGGCACCUGGUGUUACUGUUUUCCUUUAGAGUGCUCAUUGUGUGGCUAGUAUGAUCACUUGUUCUGCAGAGUGUUUUGUACCGCAGUUUUCUUUUUAAUGUGAUGUUUACAGAGAGCCAUUUGGCAGUUUGUGCACUGCACGUGUUACUCGUGACUGUGAAACUGGCAUAUCUCCGAUAGUGUGUGCAUCAUUUCUCGUAGGUGUGUGCUGCCAGUUUAAGAUUCUCUUCUGUAGCUCGAAAGGUGUUCGUUUGUUAGAAUAGUGUAACCGGUCACACGCAUUUUGUUACAAACCGCUCGACUGUAUUUUUACAGUGUCAUUUAGUGACAACAGUGCCUGCUGAAGAGAUGAGGUGGUCUUUUUAAUUAUUAUCUAAAUGAUUCCAUUGGUUGUGUUUAAAACUAUUUCAAAUGGGCGUUUUAUCAAAAGAAUUUUAUGUGUAUACGUUUCUGUUGUACACGUAUGUAAUAUGGAAGUUAGGAAAUUUCAGGGUUGAGCAUUGGUGUGUGAUGUAUUAAAGUAAGAGUAAGUGUAUAUUGAGAAAUGCCUUAAAUAUGGCUACUUUACCAGAGAACAAAUUGUGAAUAUGUAUAAUUUUUUUAGUGUAUAGUAUAAAUUGCUUGAUAGAAGCUAAUAGCCAAAGUUUUUGAAAGAUGUUAAUUUUUCCUAGCAAACAAUCUUUGAGAGAUUUGUUAUGGUGCAAUAUUAUGGUAUGUAAUAGCUAUUGAGAUCACAGAUGCUUAUUCUUUACUUUUAGAAAUGUCAAGGGCUAUCCACCGCAGAUUUCAGUUUGUCAUCAUGUAGUCUUAAUUUUGUGUGCACGGCUCUUUUACAAUUUUUAAGAAAGAAAUGUCUGUAUUCUGUACUAAAUGAUUUAAUUUCAAGAUUAUUUUUUUAACAAUCACAAUUUUUGUACACAUGUGUUUUUUUACUAAAAAUAGAUGCCCGUUACUCAAUACCGACUGUGCGUGUGCACAAAAAUGUGUACAAAAACGGCCAGUGUGUAACUCUGUUCGUGUAGUGUGAGCAGUGUUUGAGAAAUCUCUCAUCACUGGCAAAACCGGCAGAGAACGAUGUGCUGCAAACAGUCAGAUUUUACUAGCUAAUGGUAGCUGCCUGCUAAGUGGACGUGAUAGCCUCACUCUACGAGGUAUCGUUACAGAUGUUCACAGUGUAUUUGAGAGUUGUGAAUAGUUUUUUCUAUAGGCAGCAGUUUUUUAUUUUGUACGAUUGUAAUUUUUGAUCCGGUGCCCGAGUGAUUUAAUAUUUGACCAGUAGCUGAAUAAUUAUUGCUGCGGAAGAUUUCACUUAUUCCUACUGACCGUGUCAUUUGGUUCUCAGUGCAAUUAACAGUGAAAUAUUGUAGGGCUCUUUUAAAUUGAAGUAAAAACCCUUACUUCCAUUUGGUUUUUUAAAAUUUUACUGAAUGGCACCAGUUGAAAUUUUAAAUACUGGCCAAAUGUGUAUCUGAUUCAAUAAUCUUGGAAGUAAAUCAUUUGUGUUAACAGUUUUUCAAAUGCUCGCACCUUCCACAGAAUGGUGUACGACACAUGUUUCGUGAAAUGUCAGUUGUGGAGAAACUGUGAAGACUUAUGCAAUGAUGACACCAUAGUUACCCAGUUCUUUGACAGUUAUAUUGUGAGUUCUUAUAUUUGUCUUGUCUUUUUUUGUAAAUAUGAAACUUUUGUAUGAUAAUUUUCACCAUGUAAGCAUAUGCAAGUGAUUUGAUUGAAGUGUCCACAUUUUUGUUUAGUGUGAAAAUUGUUGGAAUGAUGAAUAUAUGAUUGAAAUGAGUAA